CGACGAGUAAUUCUCGCCUCAGACAUCAAUUCCGUUACAUCCAACUAGCACAGUAUUCAGGAUGUCGUCACGAUUUUUCCACGGGGGUGACUCCGACAGCGAGAGCAGUUCGUCCGAGGAGGAAGAACUCUACGGCGAACGAGCGGAAGAGUCCGAAGAGGAAUCUGAGGAGGAAAGUGAAGAAGAAGAGGACGAGUCUGAGGAUGAAUCGUCCGAGGAUGAAGGCCGUGGUAUGGGCGCCAGUCGGUUCUUGAAACCAUCAGGACCCGGUGGCGAUGAUUCAGAUGAAAGCGAGGACGAAGACCGCGAGCGAGUGGUCAAGAGCGCGAAAGACAAGAGAUUCGAAGAACUGGAGAGCACAAUCAAAGCGAUCGAGAAUGCCGAAAAGAUCAACGAUUGGGCUGUGAUCUCUACAGAAUUCGACAAGAUGAAUCGCCAGGUCGUCAAAGUCAUUCAGCAAGGCGCCUCUCCCAAGAUCUACAUCAAAAUGAUAGCCGAUCUCGAAGACUUGAUCAACGAGACCAACGACAAGCAGAAGUCCGGCGCCAAGAAAAUGAAUCCCAUAAAUGCCAAAGGCUUCAACGCGAUGAAGCAGAAGAUUCGGAAGAACAAUAAGGACUAUGUUACCGAGCUCGAGAAGUACCGGGCAAACAAGGACGAAUUCAUGGAGUCUGAAGAUGAGGAGCCUCUGGAAGUCGAGCAGAAGACCCGCAAGAGCAAGGUCCAAAGACUCGAUGCUCUUGAAGCCGCCAUUGAUGAAGAAGGCUUCGCCACCGUCGGCAGAGGUGGAAAGGCCCUUGUCUACACGCCUGAAAGCAUUCUGAAGCAUCUCAGAACCAUUGUCGAGUCUCGCGGCAAGAAAAACACCGACAGGUCCGAACAGAUCCGCAUCAUGGAGAGAUUAUUGGAGGUUGCCAACACACCUUACCAACGGAUCCGAGUACUGUUGACAAUCAUCGCUACGAGAUUCGAUGUCACUACUACUUCGGUCCAGGCGUACAUGUCACAAGAAUCAUGGCGAGCGGCCGAGCGAGAAUUCUCUUCUCUGUUGCAGACACUCGAGGAUGAGCCUCAAUACAUGGUGACGGAGGUGGCUGAAGAGUGGGAAGACGACGAAAAACAACCGGGCCCUGCUGCUGGUGAGAUUUUCAAGAUCCCCGGCAACAUUGUGUCCCUCAUGGAGCGACUGGACGAUGAACUGACACGUUCCCUACAACAAACCGAUCCUCAUACUGCCGAGUACAUCGAAAGACUAGGCGAUGAACAACUCCUCUACACCGACAUCGUGCGAAGCCUCAUCUACAUCGAAACAAUCAAUAAAAAGUUGGAGAAAUCCGAAAAUCGACAGGAAAACAUCAACAGAACUAUCAUCAGACGGCUAGAACACAUCUACUUCAAGCCCAUCCAAGUGGUCAAGAUCCUGGAGGAGAAGAGUUGGGCGGCUUUGCCACCAAGCCUAAACUCGGCUCUAACACCGCGCGGCGAGUUUACAGAGGUUGCGCCACUCGUUCAGACACUCUGCAACCAUCUGUUCGAGAACAGUGAAGGCAUCAUUCGCGCACGGGCUAUGCUCUGCGAGAUUUAUUUCCUCGCCUUACAGGACAACUACUAUCGUGCCAGAGAUCUCGCUCUCAUGAGUCAUCUGACCGAGAACAUUUCCUCGUUUGAUGUCAGCACACAAAUUUUGUUCAACCGAACGCUCGUUCAGAUCGGUCUCUGUGCGUUCCGAGCUGGACUCUGCUACGAGGCUCAGGGAGUCUUGCAGGAAAUUUGUGGGUCCGGCCGUCAGAAAGAACUGCUCGCACAAGGUGUUAUCAUGCAGAGAUAUUCCACUGUUACCCCAGAGCAAGAACGACUCGAGCGACAGCGACAACUUCCUUUCCACAUGCACAUCAACCUCGAGUUGUUGGAGUGCGUUUACCUCACUUGCAGCAUGCUUCUUGAAAUUCCUCUCCUCGCUCAAACGGGAUCUUCACCUGAUAUCCGGAAACGAGUCAUCUCCAAGACUUUCCGGCGAAUGCUCGAAUACACCGAACGACAGGUUUUCCAAGGUCCGCCAGAAAACACUCGGGACCAUGUAAUGCAAGCAGCCAAGGCUCUUGCGCAAGGUGACUGGAAGAGAUGUCAGGAGCUUAUCAGCAAGAUUGGCAUCUGGGAUCUUCUGGGCAGUGACAAGGACAAGAUCAAGGAAAUGCUGGCAGAGCAGAUCCAAGAAGAAGGCCUGCGAACCUAUCUCUUCACAUACGCCCCGUACUAUGACACUCUUUCCAUCACCACUCUGUCAGGCAUGUUCGAGCUCGACGCUAAGAAGAUCGCGGCUGUUAUCUCGAAGAUGAUCUCGCACGAAGAACUGGCGGCAGCGCUUGACCAGGUCAACGAUGCUAUCGUUUUCCGCAAGGGCGUGGAGCUGUCUCGCUUGCAAAGCCAGGUUAUUACUCUAUCGGAGAAGGCCAUGGGUAUCCUCGAAUCGAACGAGAAGGUAUUGGAGACCAGAACGGCAGGCAUGGCAAACGCAUUCCAACGCGACCAGGGACAGAGAGGCGGCCGUGGUGGUCGCCGUGGCGGGGCAAAUCUGCCAGGUUUGGGUCGCGGGCAAGGCCAACGACGACCGGGCGGUCAGCAGUUCGGCGGCGGUGCGCUCGGCGGUGCGAUCAAGGCUUAAGCUUAACGCAUAUGCUGACUGCGAUUGUGGCAUGGAUUGGUCGCUGCACUUUUGACGACGGCGGUGUAAAAUGCUCAGAGAUUUCUCGAUGUUGUACGAGGUGCAGUGGAUAGCUUACGGCAGGGCGCUCGUAGCUGUCAUUAUGGCGAAUCAGCCGAAUAGAAUUUGAAAGAUGAACCCAUGUGAAUACUCG